GUCGAGGCAAACUUUCGAAAUGCUGUCAACCAGUUGUUUGUAAAGUUCUUGAUAAUGGAGGAGAAGCUGGGAAGCUGUAUGCUUCCCAUUGCCCGUUACUGUUCGGACUUAAAUGCUGUCAGGUGUAAGGAAGAAGAUUUGGAAACACUGAGAAGCAGUGUUAAAAAAAUUAAUUCAUUGUUGUCUUCCAGCAAUCAGUGCCGUAAAAUUUUUAUUGAGCAUGAGGUGUAUGUUAGCAACCUGGCUUAUAUCCUCCAGUUUUUGAAUGACAGGAGCCUAAGGAUUCAGAUCGUUUGCGUCUUGUUCAAACUUCUAGGAAAGUCAGGAUUUCACUCACGGGCUAUGAUAUUAGUACAGAAAGGGAUUACUAGAGCACUAUUUCAAGCUCUUUAUACAGAAUACUCUGAAGUAACUCCUAGUGAAGAAGUUCUGUUGAAAAUUCAUCAGUUACUUUGUCGUUUGGGACCUAUGGAUAAACGUUUUGGUAUUCGAGCAAGAGUGAAUCAUUGUAUUCCAAUCACAAUUCAUCUACUUCGUGUUCAAGUUGCCAUAUUGAAUUCAUCAAAUUCAACUUGUAUAAAUACAUUAUCCACUUCAGCGGGGACAAAUCCUACGCAUACUACUAUGAAUGGCAUCUCUAUCAUUCCUACGUCUACUAAUCUUGGAUUUCUUCAAAGUAAUCCUUUACAGACUGAUGUAAUGUACAAUGUAAUGAGCAACACUCAUUCAACAUCAGCGCCAACAGUUUCAUCAGGUGUUCGUCGAAGUCUUAAUAUCAUCUUGCGUAUUCUUCGUUUGUAUGUAUCAAACAACGGAAAGAAUAAUUCGUCUAUAUUAGGACGUUCUGGAGCUAUUAGCCUUAUAGUUCGGUUAAUUUCGCUUAUAUCUGGUCUAGACAUAUUCAAGACAUUACUAGAUGUAACCUCGUCUACAUUAUCAUCAUCAUACAAUCAGUGUAAACUAACCGGUAACUUGAAUACAAUUACGUCAACAACUUCGGUAGCUAAUAACAACAAGUCCAAUUUGAUUGGUCAGAAUUCAUCUGAGCUUGUCUCACCUAUUAAUGAUCAUUCCAUGACAGUAUUCAAUGAUUCAAUGAAUGGGGAUAAUUAUCAAGACAAUAACUAUCAACUAUCAACACCACCAAUUAAUAGUUCUAACAAUCUCGAUUCGAAUGAAUCAGCUACUUUAGGAAUAUCUGAAGUUAAUAAGAAUGGAUUAAUUAUCGGUAGUCCAGUUAUAGCUGCUGUUACUGCUGUUGCAUCGGCUGCAGCAUAUGUCCAGCGUUUUCAACAACAGAAAACAGAAGCAUCAUUAUCAUCCUUUCAAAAUGUGAAGUCAACUUCAAUUAUCACUAAUAAUUUAGACUGUAAAAUUAAUUCACAACAUACUUCUGAUUUGAUUAAUUCUGCUACAUCGUUACUUUCAGCAACACCAACAUUAAUUGCUACAGGUGUGAAGCAUAAUGCUACCUUAUUGCGAUUACUCGUGAAUACAUUGCAUUGCUUGAUAAAAUGCAGACCUAAUAAUGAACGUGCAAUUACCAAUGGUGCGGUUUCACUUCUAUUGGACCUCUUUCUGGACGUUCAUCGGUGCGACUUAAAUUGGCGUCGAAUCAAAUUACAAAAAAGCUUGCUGACAUGUCUUAAAUGUUUAACAACAUUACGUUCUGGACGUAAAGCUCUUAUUGCCUCAGGUGGAAUUCAUACCUUAUUCGCUGUUUGUAUUGGUUAUGUUGGACCUGAUCCACUUGAACGUAAUACUAACCUCUUGUUAAGGAGUAAUUCUUUAAAAAAGAAUGAAAAAUUCACAUCUUCUAGUUCCCUAUCGCAUAUUCAUCGAAAAUCUGAUGUAUCAAGGAGUUGUCGUCCUAGAGCAUACUCUAUAACAACACCAACGGCAACAGCAGUAACAGUAACGACUAUGACAAGUGGGACUGUUAGUACCACCAAUGUCUCCUCUGUGAACAGCAAAUCUCGUUCAAAACAAUUGAAUAUCACUGGAGAGAAGAUGAAUUCAACCGCUUUGUCUACUCGAAGCUCAUCAAGUCCUGUUGUUACCACUCGCGUACGUGAUGAUCAUUAUCUUGAUGACAAUGAAGUAAUGACUACAAUGGAAAACGCUGAAAAUAUUCCAUUGAAUGUAGCCAAUAAUACAUUUAUACCGACAAAAUUAUCUUCCAUCGUAUUGCAUAAAAAAGGUCCUGAAAAGGCUAAAUAUACAUCACAAAGUGAUGUAAUGACUGAUAGAAAGCAAUAUAAAGUCUGUCAGAGUCGAAAACUUUCUAAUCCAGUCAUUAUAUUGAUACAAACAUGUAUGUUGUUACGUCGGUGUUGUCCAAGGAGUCGUUUACCCGUGGCUAGUGCUGAGGGCAUACUUCGAUGCCCAUUGCCUAAAGAUAACUCUGUUACUCCAUCAUCAUCAUCACGUAAGAAUUCAGAACAGCUAACUCGCAAGGAUACACUGUCGAUGUUGGAUACAGAAAAGCCUGAUACCGCCAAAUCUAAAUGGGAUCAACAAACUUCUUUUCUAUCUAAUAUUAGUUCAACUAUGAAUUCAGAAAAGCAGUCAGAAGAUACAAUAACAACACAACUACAAGUAAAAUCUUCUAAUGAAGCAUUUCAAUCAAGUAGGAACUGGAAACAGCUGAAACAACUUUCAAUGAAUCAAACACACCACCACCACGAUGAUGAUGAUGAUGAUGAUUUAACCUUGAAUCAACCAUUCACUACAUCUGAUUUACUAUUACAAAAUCAGCCACUGAAUAGCCAAAUUGUAAAUAAGAAAACAGUAAAUGACCGUAGAGAAUUGGUAACAAAGUUUAGAAGAGCUAAAUCACAAACGAAACUAAUCAAUGAUUACCAGUAUAAACGAAAUCACGAAAUUUAUCCAGUUGACAUUAAAUCUCUAGAGGAUGACGGUAAUUCGGUGUAUACAACGAAAAGUCUACUGAACAGGCCAGUUACAACUCCUAGGACCAGCACCACUACUACUACUACUACUGUGUCAUUGGCAAAAGAUAAUCAAUCUCGUCUACGCAUCUGUCGAUUAUCAAUAAAACAGAGAGAUUCUGUAUUGCUGAAAACAAGUGAUACUACUAACUCACAGAUUAAAAAAAAACAUCUAUCACAGACAGUUCGUCAUAAUGAAGAAUGUAAUGAAUUUAUUGGCAAUGCAUAUUUUUCACAUCGUUCCACUGAACAUACUGACACACCACACGCUAGUCAAUCAUUACAUAAAUUUGACCAAAUUCCUAAGGAAGAGUUAUCAGACGAAAAAGUGAAACAUGAUCGACGACAACGACUAUAUCAGAAGGAUCCAAAUUGUUCAACAACAGAUAAAUCCCAAUCUGUUGACAGGAAGCUUAAUUCACCUCAGUUGAUAAAAGUACGCGAUAAGUCAUUAUCAUCGUCGAGACUACUCGGCAUGCUAGUGACUGAUGAUGUUGAUGGUGGUGAAGACGAUUUCGAAGCUAUUGAUUAUGGUGAAGAUGAUGCAAUCGAAGAGGAGGAAGAGGGUAAUGACGAUGAUGAUGUCGAUGUUGAAGACAAUGUCGCAACCCUGUCGACUACACUUCAACAUUCAUUUGACGAUUUAAUUUCAAGUCAUUUAAAAUUCUUUCCCGAAUGGUUUGAUUUGCCUAAAGAAAUCCCUAACAGGUUGGUAACAGAACAAGUGAAAAAGCCUUUGGAUAUGAAUUCUGUCAAUUGGCCAUAUGAAACAUCUAAUCAUCGUAUAGAUUCCACAAUAUCUGAUCAUAUUGAUACUGGAAUGAAGCAAACUGCAGACACUUUGGAUCCAAACAAUAUCAAUGCCACUGAUACUAUGGAAUAUUUAAAUUUUGCUGAAUUCGUAAAAAGUUUAAUACCAUUUCAUAUUAUAGCCUAUCCUGAUUUAACUAAUGCUACUGGAUCACAAGAAUAUGAACCAUUCUAUACAUCAGAUCAAGCUUAUAUAAACUUUACUGAUGACCAUAAAAUGUCUGAUCAACAACCAGAAGUGUUGACUACAUCACAGUCAUGCUAUUCUCUUUCAUCAUUGUCAUCCAGACGAAAAAUAUCAAAAUCUCAAGAUACAACUUAUAAGCGAAUGAAACAAGCAAAAUCAUGUAUACCUAAACGAUCAGCGCAUAGUGUUUCCAAAAUUGUUGAAUCUAUUGACCUGAAUAAACCGAUAAAUAGAUCAAUUAGCAGUAAUAAUAAACAUUCGUCACGUCUACCAUAUGAUAUAAAUGACUUCCCACAUAUAGAAAUUUUAGAUGAUAUUCGACGAUUAAUUGAUCCAGAUGAUUUAAUAAAUCGUGUUGUAUAUGAUUUAGACGAAUUGAUAGUGAAGACAAUGAAAGAUGUACAACUCUCACAACAACAACAACAACACCAACAGUUGACAUCUUCUAUAUCACGUUCAUCAUCACCGAAGAAUUUAUCACAUUUUAUAGCACCAUUUGUUAACAUCGAAUGUGAUCGAUGUACUACAACUGCAGUUCUAACGACAGGAACAACAACAACAGUAACAACAAUUCCUUCACUUACAUCAUUAUAUCCUACUGAACUAUCCUCUAUGCAAAUAUUCUCACCGAAAAUACAAGUAGAUAAUCUUUCAAUGAAUAAUUGUAUAUUAAAUAUGACUAAAAAGGUGACUGGUUCUACCCAAUUUGUCAAUCACCUAUAUCCUCCAACUAAAUCUCCAUUGUCUUUUACCAAUUAUCAUGUGAAUUUAUGUGAAUUAUCCAAUGAUGUAAUCUCAGGCGAUUCAUUUGUACUGUCAAAUCGUGAUGAACUACUGGUUGAUCAUUUUGACUUCGAGAAGGGACAUUUAAAGUUUGAAUCGCGUUUUGAAUGUGGCAAUCUUCGUAAGGUUAUACAAGUUCGACAGUAUGAAUAUGAUUUGAUUCUAAAUCCUGAUGUCAAUACUUUAUCAAAUUUACAAUGGUUCUAUUUUCGUGUAUCCAAUAUGGAGUCGAAUGUUCCAUAUCGAUUCAAUAUUCUGAAUUGUGAGAAGGUGGGCAGUCAAUUCAGUUCAGGUAUGCAACCUCUUUUGUUCUCAGUUCGUGAAGCUCUUGAAUCGCGUCCACAUUGGAGACGUGUUGGUUCACAUAUCACCUAUUAUAGGAAUCAUUUUAUUCGACAGUUAACUCGAAAACGUAAUAUAGAUGGAGGAACUUAUUAUACCGCUUCAUUUAUGAUACGUUUUCCGUAUACUGGUGAUGUGUGUUACCUUGCAUAUCAUUAUCCAUAUACUUAUACACGUUUAUUAACUGAUUUAAACAAAUGGCAAAAUCAAACAUUGAACAAUUCAACAGAUAUUUACUUUCGUAUUCAACAAUUAACUUCAACUAUUCUGUGCAAUCCAGUACCUUUAAUUACUAUUACACAAAAUGAUAAUUCUUCAGAUGAAUCUACUGGUAAUAAUCAACGUCGUUAUAUUGUUAUUACAUGUCGUGUACACUCGGGUGAAUCAAAUUCUAGUUGGGUUAUGAAAGGUUUACUUCAACAUCUUUUAUCAAAUGAUGAUAUGAAAAUGAUUGAAUUACGCAAAAUGUUCAUCUUCAAGAUAGUACCAAUGCUGAAUCCAGAUGGUGUAAUAAGUGGAAAUCAUCGUUGUUCAAUGUCUGGCAAAGACUUAAAUCGUCAUUGGAUUAAUCCAUCACCGUCUCUUCAUCCAACUAUUUAUCAUACUAAAAUGUUAUUACAGUUACUUUCAGCUUGUGAACGUGCACCAUAUUUCAAGUGAAUCAUGGCGUCAUCCAGAUAUACACAAUCCUGCUUAUCGGGGUCCAAAUCAAUCUGAAGAUGUAUCAUAUCGUGCACUAGCUGAUAUAUUAGACAAGAUAUCACCAUCAUUUUCAAAAGAAUCAUGUCUUUAUGUAGUUAGCAAGGCUAAAGAAACCACAGCACGUAUAGCUAUUUGGCGAGAAUUCAAUGUAUUACGCUCAUAUACAAUUGAAGCAUCUUACUGUGGUAUUUAUCGUAAAUGGCAAAGAAUUCAACACUUCGAAAAUAGACAAUGGCAACAAGAUAGUAGUGAAGAGAAACGGGAACAAGACGUGAUACAGAAAGGAUCAGUAUUGAUUCAGCAUCAAAUUCAACCAACAGACCUAAUCGAUUUUGGUUCAAAACUACUGGACGCCUUCUUAGUAUUACCAAAGUAUGAAAUAAUGAUGAUGUCAAAUGAUGAUGCUUUGAGGAGGCAGAAAAAUAUCGAACAUCAUGCCUCUUCACUGUCAUCAUCUUCGUCUUCAUCACCACCAUCCACUUCAUCAUCGUCCUCUUCUCUUUCUUUAUCAUCUUCAACAUCACAUACAUCUUCACCAGAACCAGUGUCAUCACCUUCAAAGCUUGCUGAGACUGAAGUUCAUCUUCAGUUUGAUAAUGAGAAGGUCAAGGUGAAAGGAACAAGUGGAACAGAAAACCGUUGAAAAUCAUGAUAAUCAUGAUGAUAAAUAUAUCAUACAAUAGAUUUUUAACAUGUUCAAAUCAACAAGCACACCACGAACAUCAAUCAUCAGUAACACCAGCAGAACUGAAGCAACCUGAUGAAUCGUAUAAGUACACGUGGUCUCAUUGAAUAAAUGGUGUUUCUUAAACCAAAGAAUUCAUGUUGUAUCUAACAUUGAAACUGUUUUUUUUCUUAAGCUGCACAAUCUACUCUUACGUUUGUAAGUAGCUAAAUUAUAUGCAGCUUCAUUUUAUAAAUGGACCAGAUAAUUUCAGAAAGCGUCAGUUACACCACCUAUAUAUAUUUAUGUUUUCGAAACCCACACUUCUUUCGAAAAUGCUCCAUGAAACAGAUCACGAUGAUUUUUGUUUCAAUCAAUGUUCACCUACAAAUGAAAAAUUCCCUUUAUUAAUGACCAUUUUGUACUAGAUAUCAGAUCUGUUCACAAGCAUACCCUUAUGUAUAUCUGUAUUACACUUUCACACAGAAGCUACUUUUCCAUUUCUAGAAAGCAGAGUAGAGUUACAGUUUUAUUUUGUAAAAUCACUGUUCCUGUGGUGUGUUGAUGUAAUAUACCAAUUAUAUUCAUCUU